AUGAUAGAAAAAGCCUUUUCAAGAUUGGAAGUAAAUUCAAGCAAGUUACUGCAUAGAAUAGAAGAACUGACAAAAACACUGAGUGAAAAAGAAGUUGAAAUUGGAAGGAUUUACAUACAGUUGAACGAUGAAGCAGAUGCAUUCGAAAAACGUAUUAUGCAAAAGCAAAAUGAAUUGGAUGAUGCUAGAAAAUAUUCCGAAGUUUUGGAAAAAGAAUUAUCGAUGAAAAAUGGUGAAUAUUUAAUGGAGCAAGAAAGGGUACAAGAGCAUCUGCCGAACAGUGGUUCUUUUAUGCUUAGUGUACCGAAUUCUGCCGUUCAGGUAGAGCUAGCUGAUGCUUUAGCCAAAUAUGAACAGUCUAUGCGACAAAUUUCAACACUUGAAGAAAGAAUUUCGACAAUGGAAGCCGAAAAUCAAUGUUUGGAUUCACUUCGACAUGAGUUGCAAGCAUUAAGGUUGCGUCAUGAAAAUCUGCUAGAGGCACAUGGUGAAAAAAUUGAGCGGAUUGAAGAGCUUGAGUUAGAUUUAGCAGAUAUGAAGAAACUGCUAAGGGACCAGACGAGACCAACAGGGAAUCGCUUCGAGUGCUCGAAGGAGCAAAGCUCUAACAAGAAUAUUGGUUUGGUUAAUUUGGUGAUAAAAAUACAAAUAUACACGACAAAUAGCAAAAAUCCACGAAAGUUACGUGCAAGAGAACGAACCGAAGAGGAAAACGAUGGUUUUACUCGUGAAAGGAUCAAAGACCGUGACAUUAGUACUGCAACGAACGAAAAAGCAGUUGAAUCAGGCGUUGCCGGUAGAAAAACUAGAAGAAAACCAUUUCCGGAUGUUCAAGAAGAUUUACGAAAUCAGUCUGAAAUUAGAGAAGCAUGUGGUGAACCCGAACCAUCCGUGCGUUCAAGUAAACGCUUUAAAAAACCAGGUUUCGAUUCUUCUCGCUUGCUAGUUCCAAGUGAUGAACUUUCGAAAUCACGGAUUGUGCAUCAAGGAAAAGUUGGGCAUGAUUACGAAGAUGAUGCAAUAGAUGUAGUCAGCAGUACUGAUGAUCCAUUGACAGAACUUGAUGUCGAAUCGACUGUUAAGAACGCAACAAGUGCAUUUCAAAAUCGUCGGAAGGACGAAUUAGGCGAAAGUUAUCGACAAUAUAUUUUGAAUCAAGCUCAGAAAGGUACUUCGCCAACAAGACGUGAUAUAUUCGUUGAUGAUGAUAUCCGUUAUGGGUACGAUGGGCCAAGUGGUAGUGGUACUUCGGGUAUGCUGCGGUUGGAACGAAAGCCUAUACCGGCAACUGCACCUCUACUGACAACUGAACGAACACAUGUCCGAGUUGCAAAACGUAAACAUGAUGAAGCGGCUAAACACAGAGAAAGAAGAUUGCAACGAGAAUUACUUCAGAGAGAUGGGCAAGACAGGAAUGCAAGAGCCUGUCGGUACUAUUAUGAAGAAAAGCCGAUGUUAGAUGAUGUUGAUGAUGUAAUGUAUGCUGAGAUUGGUCUUAGCGAUAGUGAUUUUAUUGAAACUAGCUUCGAAGAAGAGGAACUGAUAUAUGCAGCUGAUGAUGACCUUGUGAAUGCGGACGCUACUGAAGAAGGAAGUAGUUGUGAUAAUGCAAUGAGUGCGGAGCGCAUGCGAAGCCAAUCUAUUCAGGAAACGCAGGAAGAAGGUCGUACUUUGCCAAAGCAAGAGGAUGUGAUCGAGCAGAUCAAUGAUGGUAUUGAAUCCAACGAUGAUGAAGCGCCACCGGAACUAGAACCUCAGAGUCCUGCUCUACAGAAGGCUGUACAGCGUUCAAGUGCGAAUAAACAUGAUGUAGACGAUAACACUUUGUUCAUGAGCGAAAGUGAUAAUGUUGAAGCCAACGUACGCCACGAUCUCCGAGAUGUUGAAUUUAGUUUCUUAGAUUCAAAAAAUAUAUGCUGUGGUUUAUGUGGUGAAAUUGUCCUAUAUGAUUUGCUGCUGAGCUCACAUAUUCCGCAGCAUCACCCAGAGGUAUUAGAAGAAGGUGUAACAGCAUUCGAAGAUAUUCCAUAUGAAAAUUGGUUAAGAGAAAAGUUAAGUGAGGAGAAGCGACGCAUGGAAAAUAGCGUGUGUAACAUCUAUGAUGAUCUUCCAUCUAGUCAGAAUUCCAGUCGUAUUUAUCGAAGCGUUUCUACGAUUCGCGUCAACCCAAACGAAAUGUCGCUCAAUCAGCUAAUAACAGCAUUGCGGAAAAAAAUGUUUGAAAAGCUGGGUCGCACGGUACCUGUAACUUUGGUUGAUAAACAACAUGCACGUUGUGGUAUUUGCAAUGCGGUAGUAUCGCUUAAUCGUAAAUUUGAAGUUGUUCAUCUAGUUCGACAUUUCAAUGCAUGGCAUCCAUCGGUCCAUCAGUGUGCGGGAAAGUGGAAAUUAAAGAAGCCACAGCCAGGAUUCGGAAAACCUUUAUCAGUUCAAGAUUUUGCUGUCAUCGACACAUCGCUUGAUCGCGGAGCUAAUUUACAGUGUAUUUGGUGUGGAAUGUUUAUGGCAGCAGAAGCACUCGCUAUGCAUUUCUCGGAAGUUCACCCUGAAGAAGUUGAAGUGCCAAAAUGUAAUCUUUGUCUACAGGAACUUGUUAUUAAUGCUCGUUUGCUGGAGAAAUAUGGCGAUGAAUUUGAUGUUUCAAUGCCGGAUGAACAUCGCAUAAGGUGUGGGAAAUAUGGUACGAUGCAUACAUCAGAAGCCCGUUUACAUAGUGCGAUAGAAAAACGAAUUAAACACUGUGAAGAAGGAAAGGAUGCGAAUGAUAUAGAGGACGAUGAAAUGGAGGAAGAAAGAGCUACAAGUUUUGUUAACAGUCGGAUGACAUUCGGUCGCCGAAGUAAACCAAAGCGACAGUUUAUAAUGCCCGCUUUGCGACAAGCAGCGCCGGUGAAUAGCCGAUACGUGGAAGCAGUAAAUGAUUGCCAUUGGAAAUGUAAGAUAUGUAAUGGCGAUAUCUUAGCAGCUGUAAUAAGUGCAGGUGCAAUACGUCAUUACCGAACUGAACAUCCACAUCAUCUGCACAACAUGCAGUAUGAAUUAUGCAAGACAAGAUUGGAAAGGAUUUCCGAUGGAUGUAUGGAAUUCAUCAAUCCACAAUUGAUUGAAUGUUUAGUAUGCAACAUGACAUAUAUGCUGCAUCGACCGUUUAAUAUGUGUCGAGCUAUUCGUCACCUUCGAUCUAAGCACCCGGAUUUAAUGCCUGAAUUUGCUUCUGCUACAGAUGCGGGUAAUAAUUUGCAAGGCAGGCGAAUGGCGCGAAGUCAGGAGCAUUCUGAAGGUAUCAUCACCGAUCCAGCCACAAUUGCAACGCUCAAAGCGCAAUAUGGUGUCGACUUUAAAAAAGUACAGGCAUUGAAAGGUGCAAAUGGUGAACCGGUUUAUGUACUGCUAGAUGAAGGUGAUGAGAUAGAUCCGGAGACUGCUAGUCAACUUGCUGCUUCUGUUGCAGCAGGAGAUUUUGAUCGGGCCAAGCCGGAAAUACGGCAUGCAAAAUCUAUAACUAGUCCUGCUGCUGCUGCCGCUGUUGCAGCAACUACUGUUUGUGAUAGAAAUGAUAGUGCUGCUAGACCUACUUCGGAAAAAAUUCCGCGGGGACAACAACCGAAACAAGCUAAAUCUGGCCUAACAGAAAAUGCUGGAAGUUCAAAUUUUGAAACUGGACUUGUGAACAAGAAAUUAGAUGAACCAACCGAGCCAUUUAUUAUUGCUGCAGAUUAA